GCCGCGCGUCAAGGGUGGCCGGCUCAGCCUCUUCGUCCCUCCGUUGAGCGGGGACGAGCCGAGGGCGGUUCCCGAGCAAGCCCCGGAGGGAGGGAGGGCAGGCGGGCAAGGCAGGAAGGAGGGGCGAUGGCGGGGACUUCUCGGUUGCGCACGGGGAGAGGCGGUGCCGAUUGUCUUUUUCUGGUAGACAUUAAAAAUGAAAACCUGAGCAGUCUUGAAACAGGGCUUUGCAACAACCAGGCAAAACUUAUGGAGGAAGCCUUAUCUGCUGCUGGAGAACUCUCUGUUCCAGGCCAAAAGAACAUUAAAGUGGAGGCUUCAUCAAUGAACUUCCUUCCUCUGUACAGAGAUGACAGCGAACGUUGCCUCUUGGUACUCGCUGAUCCCCAAGAUAAGAACAGAGUGUUAGCAAUUUAUUUGAACAACUCCUGGCGGCUUCCUGAAGAUGUAAUCAAGACAUCUGAUCCUCUCCGGGAGGGCCUGAAACAGGUUCAAACUUUUCAAGAGAGAAUCGUUCUCUUUGUCCUUAACUGCAUCAUUUUUGGCAUGUCGGAGCGGAGCUUGACUGAUGAUACAGUCUUCGUUCCUCAUCCUAAGAAGGAAGAUGCCAGAAUAUUCUGGAAGAGUGGAGAAGCAGCCGCCUUUUAUACGGUCAAAAUAAGAGGAAGUUUGUGUGACGGACACACCAGCCAGUGUUACAUGCUCCCUGUUUUGGACACCAUGUUUGUACGAAAGAAGUUUAGAAGAUGUGGUCUUGGGAUGCAGAUGCUUCAGGAUUUCUGUCAGUCUUUCCCCUCGGAGGAUGCCUUGGGACUCAGCUGUCCUCUAUCAGCUGAAAUGGAAAAAGUUUGUCAAAAGUUCUUGGAAACUUACCCGAAAGAGCAGCCUCGGCUGUGGGAAGUGGAAGCACCCGGAGACUGGACUCAGCGCAUUAACAUCUGGCUCAAAAUCCAGCUGGAAGAAACUCGCUUUCCAAAAAAUGCGGGCCAAAGUUCUCCCGUACCAAAGGGUGAAGAUGAUGAAGUCGAGGAAAGACGGAUAAAUACAAGUCUUGGCUGUAUCCCACAUCUCGGACCGCUGCCAGACAAACCCAUGGCAGAUCAUGGUGACCGUAGAGGGCCCCCAGACCUUCCUUCUCAGAGCGAUGACCUUCAACUUCAGUUGAAAGCUGAAGAACCAAAAAAACCGAAGAAAAGAACACACAGAGAAGAACCAGCUGCAGAGAGCGUUGCGAAGCACUUGAGGACAAUCUCCUAAUUUUUGUAAACAGCAGAAGUAAGAGAAAACACAUGAAACCCGAGGAUCAAGUAGCAACUCGGGAAAUCUCUAGUGAAUAUUUCUUCAUCGAUUGACAUGUUUAGGUGACUCUACCCAAUGUUUAAGGGACGCGGUGGUUCAAUGG